AUGACUAAUUUCACAACUGAGUUUUUUCUUACUGGUUUUUCAGACAACCCCGAGCUAGAAAUCUUCUAUGCUUCUCUAUUCUUAGUUCUGUACUUGUUGGCUUUAACUGGCAACAUCCUUAUUAUUAUCGUAACUUCCAUGGAUGACAGUCUCAACUCCCCCAUGUAUUUCUUCCUGAAGCAUCUCUCCUUUUUUGAUAUGUGCUAUAUUUCUGGAACUGUCCCAAGAUUUAUUAUCAAUUCUAUCUUGCACAGCGGGAAAAUUUCCUUCUGGGAAUGCAUUUUUCAGUGCUUUGCUUUCACUCUUUGUGCUGCUUCUGAGAUGGCCAUGCUCACGGUGAUGUCCUAUGACCGCUAUGUGGCCAUUUGCUUUCCACUGCACUAUGACACCAUCAUGGAUUUUAGAACCUGCCUCCAUGGAGUCGUCGGAGUCUACGUCAGUGGAGUCAUUGGUGGAGUCAUGCACACAGCAGGUACUUUCUCCAUCCGCUUCUGCGGCCCCCGAAUCAUUCACCAGUUUUUCUGUGUUGUCCCCCAGAUCCUGAAACUCUCCUGCGCAAAUGACUAUCUUGCCGAGAUUGGUGUGUCUGUCUUCCUCUCUUUGGUCGCAUUUCUUUGUAUUAUUUUUAUUGGAUUCUCUUACAUGCGUAUAUUUUCCUCUGUGCUCAGGAUGCCAUCUGAAGAGGGCAGAGCCAAGGCCUUUUCCACCUGCCUCCCCCACCUCGUUGUUGUCUUAUUAUUUGUUUCUACAGGUGUGUUUGAGUUUUUAAAGCCUCAUUCUAAUUCUCAAACAGUAUCAGACAUUUUACUCACUAUUAUGUAUACAGUUGUUCCCCCAACCUUCAAUCCAGUGAUCUAUAGCCUGAGAAAUAAGGCCAUUAAAUUAGCUGUCAGGAAGGUUUUUAAGAGAACGAAAGUAUAUCUAUGUUGGUGA